AUGGAAGAGCAAACCCCCAUGUGGAACCAGACACCACUCACACUCCGCCAGUUAAACCCAGCUGAUUUUUGUGAGCUAAGCGGGCUUGAAGGAGGUGUUUAUGUACUCAAUUUGACUGGAGAGUUUCAACGCAGGUUAACUCUGGAGGCUAUACGAUUGAUUCACAAACUGCUUGAUCAGGUAGCUGGAGAUGUGUGUGCUUAUGCUUUGAUUACUACCAACCAGGUAACAGUUUGGACUUCUCAGUUUUAUUUGAAACAUGAAUUGAUUUGCCUUGUGAAAUCAGGGGAAAUUCUUUUCAAAAGUGGUCAUGCAGUAGGAGCAGGAUAUGUAUUUUCACUUGCUCAUGACUACAGGCUCAUGGUUGAUUUGGGAAUGUCAUUGACACCAGGAAAUAUGGCUGUUCUGCAUUCAAAAUUGCCCGUGUCAACCUUCCAAGAAGCAGUACUUACAGGGAAAAGAUACAAUGGAAAAGCUGCUGCUGCAGCUGGGAUUGUUCAUGCAGCCUUUCCCUCAUCAAUCCUUCUACAAAAGGGGAUAAAGAAAGCCAUGGAAUACAAAGCUAGGAAUUGGAACAGGAAGGCAUAUCAAGCUUUAAAAAUGAAAUGUACAAGACCACAGUACAAGAGCUUGAAAAUGGAGGAGUUGGAUUUGCAAGAUCAGCAAAUUAGAUUGUGA